AUGGCGGGGCUCCGACGCCCGCAGCCGGGCUGCUACAGCCGCACUACCGCGGCCGUGAACCUCCUGCUGGGCGUCUUCCAGGUCCUCCUGCCCUGCUGUCGCCCGGGAGGGGCUCAGGGACAAGCGAUUGAGCCCUUGCCCAACGUGGUGGAGCUGUGGCAGGCAGAAGAAGGGGAACUCCUGCUGCCCACUCAGGGUGAUUCCGAAGAGAAUAUGGAGGAGCAUUCUCAAGAACAGAGCUUCUCAGACAAACUAUUUAGUGGAAAGGGCUUACAUUUUCAGCCAUCAGUUCUAGAUUUUGGAAUUCAGUUCCUGGGUCACCCUGCAGCAAAGAUUCUCUAUGCUUAUAACCCUAGUAGGGAUAGUGAGGUCGUGGUGAAUUCAGUGUUUACAGCUGCUAGACAUUUUCAUGUGCCUCCUGUUCAUUGCAGGGUAAUUCCAGCAAUGGGGAAAACAUCCUUCAGAAUUAUUUUCUUACCUACUGAAGAAGGAAGCAUUGAAAGUUCUUUAUUUAUUAAUACCUCCUCGUAUGGAGUCCUUCCCUAUCAUGUAUCUGGAAUUGGCACUCGAAGAAUCUCUACAGAAGGGUCUGCAAAGCAGCUACCAAAUACUUACUUUCUGCUUCCACAGGUCCAGAGCAUUCAGCUUUCACAAACACAGGCAGAAACCACUAAUACUAGCCUCUUGCAAGUGCAACUGGAAUGCAGUUUACAUAAUAAAGUGUGUCAGCAGUUAAAGAGUUGUUAUAUGGAAUCUGAUGAUGUUUUACGGCUACAAAUGAGCAUAAUUGUGACCAUGGAAAACUCCUCAAAAGAAUUUGAAGAAAACACACAAGAUUUGUUAGAUCAUCUUUCUAUUAUUUAUGUAGCUACAGAUAAAUCUGAGACCUCAGAUGAUUCGGCAGUAAAUAUGUAUAUAUUACAUUCAGGAAACAGCCUUAUUUGGAUACAGGAUGUACAUCAUUUCUCACAGAGAGAUGCUCUGUCCCUGCAGUUUGAACCAGUCCUCCUACCUACUUCUACGACAAACUUUACAAAAAUCGCCUCUUUCACUUGCAAAGCUACGUCAUGUGACAGUGGGAUUAAAGAAGACACGAAGAAAAUAAAAAACACUUCAACACUAAAAGCAUGUCUCUCCUCUCCUGUGGUUCAAGGGUAUUUUAGAAUGGACUCCUCUGCAGCCCAGUUUCACAUAGAGACUCAUGAGAACACAUCAGGAGUUUGGUCAGUGUGGUACCUCAACCAUUUCGACCGUGGCGUUGUAUUACAGGAUGUGUUUGUUUCCAAGGAAACCAAGCACAUUUUAAAGAUUCUGAAUUUCACUGGCCCUUUAUUUCUACCUCCAGGCUGUUGGAAUAUAUUUUCUUUGAAACUUGCUGUUAAAGACAUUGCCAUAAACCUAUUCACCAAUGUAUUUUUGACUACAAACAUAGGUGCCGUUUUUGCAAUACCUCUACAGAUUUACUCAGCCCCAACCAAGGAAGGGAGUCUGGGUUUUGAAGUGAUAGCACAUUGUGGCAUGCAUUAUUUCAUGGGAAAAUCAAAAACAGAAAAUCCUAAUUGGGAAGGGAGUCUUUCUCUGGAUUGGUCUACCUGGGACGUGGAUUCAGAACUUGCCAAUAAAUUGUAUGAAAGAUGGAAGAAAUUUAAAACUGGUGACGGCUGCAAGAGGACUGUUUUAGGAGUGACACGGUUUGGUCGCUUGAAGAAAUCCAAGGAGUCGGAAUCCUUUGUUUUCUUUCUGCCUCGUUUGAUUGCAGAGCCCGGCCUGGUGUUGAACUUCAGCGCAACUGCCCUGAGGAGCAGCGUGGUGAAGUACUUUGUGGUGAAGAACCCUUCCUCUUGGCCAGUCUCCAUGCAGCUUCUGCCUCUCUCCUUGUACCCCAAGCCUGAGUCUGCAGUGCGCCUGCUGCAAAAAUGGUUUGGCACCGAUAUGCAGAUGAUUAAUUUCACAACUGGUGAAUUCCAGCUCACCCAAGCUUGCCCUUACCGGGGCAUGCAUUCUGAGGAGUCCAGGUUUGGCAUCCUCCACUUACAUUUGCAGCCUCUGGAGGUGAAAAGGGUCGGUGUGGUUUUCACGCCAGCUGACUACGGGAAGGUUACGUCACUCAUACUAAUCCGGAAUAACUUGACGGUUAUUGACAUGAUUGCCGUGGAAGGGUUUGGAGCCAGAGAGUUACUGAAAGUGGGCGGAAGGCUUCCUGGCGCAGGAGGUUCACUCCGAUUCAAGGUGCCUGAGUCCACGCUGAUGGACUGCCGACGACAACUGAAAGACAGCAAGCAAAUUUUAUCUAUUACAAAGAACUUUAAAGUUGAGAAUAUUGGACCACUUCCUAUAACUGUGACAUCUUUGAAAAUUAAUGGGUAUAAUUGCCAAGGUUAUGGAUUCGAAGUGCUAGAUUGUCAUCAAUUUUCCCUGGCCCCAAACACAUCCCGGGAUAUCAGCAUCGUGUUUACUCCAGACUUUACCUCUUCCUGGGUCAUUCGAGAGCUGACUCUCGUAACUGCAGCAGACCUGGAGUUUCACUUCACUCUCAAUGUGACCCUCCCCCAUCACCUCUUGCCUUUGUGUGCAGACGUGGUUCCAGGACCCAGCUGGGAGGAGUCGUUUUGGAGGCUUACAGUCUUCUUUGUCAGUUUGUCCCUGUUGGGUGUGAUUUUAAUAGCCUUCCAACAAGCACAGUACAUUCUUAUGGAAUUCAUGAAAACAAGACAGAGGCAAAAUGCUAGCUCAUCUUCACAGCAAAACAAUAAUCCGAUGGAUGUAAUUAGCUCCCAUUCUCACAAAAGCAAUUGUAAGAACUUCCUCGAUACCUAUGGCCCCUCCGAUAAAGGCAGAGGGAAAAGCUGCCUUCCAGUAAACACUCCACAAAGCAGGAUACAGAACACCCCAAAGAGGAGCCCAGCUACCUACGGUCAUUCUCAGAAGAAGCAUAAGUGCUCAGUGUAUUACAGCAAACACAAAACCAGCCCAUCUGUCACCAGCAGUGCUAACACUACUGCUGAGGAGAAACAGACUCCGGCCCCGAGCAGCUCCCUGUCUGCUCCUAAAGAGGACGUGUGCACUGAUGUUAUGGGCGAGAACUGGGUCAACCUCAGAUACGCAAACGGCAUCAAUGUUGACCUGCAAAAGAAUUUAACCCUUUCCAAAAACUUACUGAAUAAAGAAGAAAACACACUGAAAAACACAAUUAUUGUCAAUAAUACUUCUUCAGAAUGUCAUAUGAAGGAGGGAAUACAGACAUGUAUGUUUCCUAAGGAAACGGACAUUAAAAUUUCAGAAAACAUAGCUGAGCUCAAGGAACGAGAGCUCUGUCCCCUGAAGACCUCUAAGAAACUACCUGAAAAUCACUUGCCAAGAAAUUCACCUCAGUACCAGUCAGACUUGCCAGAGAUUUCCAGGAAAAAUAAUGGGAAUAACCAGCAAGUGCCUGUCAAGAAUGAAGUAGACAACUGUGAAACUUUGAAGAAGGUUGACACAAAGUCUUCCUCGGAAAAGAAGAUUCACAAAGCAUCUAAAGAAGACAUUUGUUUUGAGAAGCAGGAUGUACCUUCAGUCGAGCAAGAAGAUCCUUAUAGGAAGAAGAAGCUUCAGGAGAAAAAAGAAGGAAAUUUACAAAAUUUAAGUUGGAAUAAAAAUCGAACGUGUCGUAAAAACAAGAAACGGGGUGCUGCUCAGGUCUUGAGGCCCUCUGAACAGAGUGAAUUAAAACUUGUGUGCAGUGAAUUUGAAAGGUCCGAGCUGAGCAGUGACAUCGAUGUCAGAAACUGGUGUAUACAGGAAAAUCCUGGGGAAAUUUGUAAGACCGAUGCUGGCGUUGGAAGCAGCUUACCUGCUGCACAGGGAGAGGCGGAGGGCUACUACCCGAAGCCCAGGGAGAAGUGCAUGGAGAAGUCCUGCUCUGAUUCCAGCUCGGACUGCGGCAGCUCCUCGGGCAGCGUGCGGGCCAGCCGGGGCAGCUGGGGCAGCUGGAGCAGCAGUAGCUCCGACGGGGACAAGAAGCCCGUGGCGGGCCCUCAGCACUUCCUGCCGGCCGGAGACAGUGUUUCACAAAAUGACUUUUCUUCAGAAACUCCCAUCUCCUUGAAUCUUUCUCAUAACAUCUGCAAUUCCACAAACAUGAAUAACCUCCCACAAUAUGCAGAACCUCCCUGUCCCAGCCUUCCUGCCGGGCCCCCAGGUGUUGAAGAAGAUAAAGGUCUUUACCCACCUGGAGACCUGUGGCCCACGCGGCCCGUGUGUGUGACCAGCAGCUUCAGCUGCGCUGUGGAGAGCAGCAUGCCUGGCGUGAUGCAGGGCCCGGCCCCCGUGCAUAAUAGCAGCUUCAUUGACUGGAGCACAGCCUGUGAAGGCCAGUUCCCCAGCGUGUACUGUCCGUUGGAACUGAACGAUUAUAAUGCCUUUCCGGAAGAAAACAUGAAUUACCCCAAUGGCUUCCCUUGUCCUGCCGAAAUUCAGACAGACUUUAUGGAUCACAACUCUCCAUCUACCUGGAGCCCCCCGCCCAACAUGCCGACUGCCUGGGGACAUGCAGGUCUCCUCAAUUCUCCGCCCUACCUCACAAGCACCCGAAGCUUGUCUCCAAUGUCUGGACUUUUUGGUUCCAUCUGGGCCCCGCAGAGUGAUGUAUACGAAGGUUGCUGCCCCAUCAAUCCCACCACGGAACAUUCGACUCACAUGGAAAACCAGGCUGUCAUGUGCAAGGAAUACUACCCAGGGUUUAACCCGUUUCGUGCCUAUAUGAACCUGGACAUAUGGACUACCACAGCAAAUAGGAAUGCAAGCUUCCCACUGUCUAGAGACUCAAGCUACUGUGGGAAUGUGUGAAAAGAAUUUGAUUUUUAAACAAUGUGAAUAAAGAGGCUUGUGUUUUGAUUACUAGCGUAAACUGGUUGUUGAGAUAGAUUAUGACAUUGGUGGAUAUUUUGGCACUUUUAUAUGAAAAUAAAUUUUUUUAAUGAAGUCUGGGUGCUCUAUUUUUUUUUAACCCAUUACAAAUCACUGGUAGAAACUUAAGCAUCCAUAUGUCAUCACUUCUUCGUAAAUGAAGAAGUGUGUCAGACAUGCCAAGUGUUUUAAAUUGGAACACGGGGUACUUCUAAGAAGGUAAGAGUUGAGAAAGGAGGGGCUGCUAUGGUUGUCCCCUCCUUGGGCAUCAGAAUCCUCCCUGCCCUCCCCCGGGGAACUUCAAAAAUGACCUUCAUCGGGUGACAUUCCCAGAGAUUCUGACUGAGCUGACCCGUGGCUCAGACCGUCGGGAUUCUGCUUCAGGUUCUCCACGGACUGUAAGUGCAGCCGGUGUUGCGAUGCCCAGCUGAGCAGCCCGCUCCCUUGCCUGGACAGACGGUGCUCAGGGUGGAAGGGUGGCUCUUUCCGGUCCCGGCGGUCGCAGCUGCUGGGCGAAGCCGAGAGCCUAGCUGCGCUCUGCCUGUUCAGGAGCACAAGAGUGUUCCCUGCCCUCUGUCCUGCCUGUGUGGGGGCAACAGCAGCAGUGGGGACAUUCUGGCAAGUGUUUGGUUUCCCCUGGGCGAGCGGGCUUACUCCAAAUACAAAACCUCGGGGGAGUUAGGUAGCCAAAGCAUGUUUGCCAGACCAGUUUGUAUCUGCUUGUCAGUGACUUUAGAAAGCCAUGAGAUAGUGGAAGUAUCUAUGUGCAUGUUUAAA